GUCAUCAUCCUGUCAUCGUCAUCAUCCUGUCAUCUUCAUCAUCCUGUCAUCAUGACAACAUGUGUGUAGACGCGAGGACAGAGCUACAGACGCGGCAGAGCCACGGCUCCACGUGAACAUACGAAGUUGGUGUGUAGGACGAAGACGAGGACGAGGACGAGGACGAAGACAAAUACAAGGACAAGUUUUCAGCAGUCGUCUCUCACUGCUGACCACAGACAGUGAUGUCCAACAACAUGGCAAAGAUUGCUGAUGCUCGAAAGACGGUGGAACAGUUGAAACUGGAGGUGAACAUCGAGAGGAUGAUGAUCUCUAAAGCAGCCGCUGACCUGAUGACUUACUGUGAAGCUCACGCUAAAGAAGAUCCACUGGUGACGCCUUUGGCGUCUGAGAAUCCUUUCAGAGAGAAGAAGAUUUUCUGUGUCAUCAUUUAACUCAUUCAAGUUUUAUCAUAAUGACAAUAAAGUUUCAUUCAAA